AUGGGUCCAGAAGUCAAAAAUCCCAUAUCGUUGGCGCGACAGAUCCUCGAUCAUUCGCGAGUUCCCGACCCCUUGUACCGCAUACCGCCUUUGACACUUGUCUCUCAUGGAGCCCAUGCUUUCGCUCGCACUGCAAACUUGAACCUCGUCGAGCCCCAGCACCUCAUUACUGACAAAGCUCGGAAACAGUGGGCGCGAUGGAAGACGCGAUUGAACAAUCCCUUAGAUGUUCCCAGGACGGAGGAUGAAGACAGUGUUUUUCAAGACACGGUCGGUGCCGUAGUAUGGGAUACGGAGGCCAACGAGUUCGCCGCAGGAGUGUCCAGUGGUGGCAUUCUCUUGAAACACGCAGGCCGUGCUGCUGUCUACGGGGCUGGGUGCUGGGCUCAGAACUGUAGCGUUUCUGGAGAGAGGUCAGGCAUGGCUUGCAGAUCCGGCGAGUAUAUAAUUAGAGCUAAUCUCGCUCGCUCGAUUUGCCAUGCUGUCGACGCGGAUAUUCAGAAGGACGGUGAUAUCCACGAAACUCUUCGGAAGGUUCUCGUCGAAGAAUUCUGGUUACCGAGCAGGAGCCCCUCCAACCCUGAUCCCAGCGCCGGCAUUGUGCUCCUUGUCGCAGAAGCUGAUGAUGACGGACUGUGCACCGACACGAGCACGAGGCUGGUGUGCAUUCACGACUGCGAGUAUGGCUGUAGGCUAUUCUUCGUCAGACAAGUCCGCGAAGGUCGGCUUCGUUCUUCAGUUUCUUCCGCUGCAAUUCACAGCAGCUUGCCGCAGGCUGUCAUCUUCCGACGCCCAAUGACCCAUGCCUCCAAAGCCGGUGGUCCACAUGUUUUCAUUACGGGUUUUGCGAUGUGA